GCGUCUGUGGGGCGCCAUUUUACAGUUUUCGCGCGUAAAUUUUCGUCACAGAUAACUAAUGAUGUAAAGUAUGAUGUGUCCAAAGAGUUCAUAUAAUAGGUGCAAAACAAUUUAUUAAAUGGGUUGAAAUAAAACCGAACUGUUUCAUAACUUUUAAAACUUUAGCCAAUAUUUAAAUGUGUUUUUUAAAGUACAUGUGGCUUGAUAGAGUUAUGGAGAAAUUUUCAUGGGAUAUAUGUAACGACGGUGAUGGUAUACACAUUAAGGGAAGGAAAAAAUACCCGUACACAAGAUGCUCAAAAUAUUGGAGAUCAAGAAUACAAUGCCUGCUAAGAACGUAAUCUCCAAAUGGCUUCGUGUUAAACAAGGGAAACAUAAAGACACCAUGGCGCUGGCGAGCAAAUAGCUACUGGGAAAAUAUGAAUACGAACAGUUCAGAAAUACUUGUGGCAAGAAGCCAAUCACAUAUACUGCAAAAAGGGCCUGAAUAUUUCAUAGAAUCUCCAGGUUUAUCAUAUAAUGUGGUUUUAGAAUUCAAUUCCACUUUAGAGAAUAAAACAUUUAAUUUCACCGAUGAGUUCGGCGAGCCCUGGGACGAAUAUAUAAAUCUUCUCAAGGAUCGCGCUAUUCUGGUGAUAUUUCUCCUUUUAUUUUCAUUAACUACUGUUUUUGGAAACAUGUUGGUAAUAUUAGCUGUCGUGAGAGAACGAUAUUUACAUACAUCAACUAAUUACUUUGUAACAUCACUGGCAGUUGCUGAUUGCCUAGUUGGGCUUGUGGUAAUGCCAUUUUCUGCACUUUAUGAAGUUUUGGAGCACACUUGGUUCUUUGGCGUUGAUUGGUGUGACGUAUGGAGGUCUUUGGAUGUGCUAUUUAGCACUGCAUCCAUAUUAAAUUUGUGCGUCAUAUCCUUAGACAGAUACUGGGCUAUUACUGACCCGAUCACAUAUCCCAUGAGAAUGAGCGGACGGAAAGCAGCCUUUCUUAUAGCGGCUGUGUGGGUGUGUUCCGGUGCUAUAUCGUUUCCGGCCAUCGCGUGGUGGCGUGCAGUGCGCUUAGAGGAAGUGCCAGACUAUAAGUGUCCUUUUACGGAAAAUUUGGAGUACAUUAUAUUCUCAUCGACAAUUUCAUUUUAUUUACCUUUGUUUGUAAUGGUGUUCACGUAUUAUCGUAUAUAUCGUGCUGCAACAAUCCAAACUAGGUCUUUAAAAAUUGGUACGAAACAAGUUAUGAGACCAAGUGGUGAGUUAGAAUUAACAUUGCGUAUUCAUAGAGGUGGAACUAUGCGGCAAAGAGCUGAUGUGUGUCACGGGAUGUGUACCCCCGAAGACGCUGAUCACGAACCUUUGACGGCAUUACAAAAUAACGGUCUCUCGCGAUCAUCGACGCGUUUGACAAAUUUGACGCAUAACAAAAAUUUGCCCAAAAACUUUUCCCUUUCUCGGAAAUUGGCAAAGUUUGCUAAAGAAAAGAAAGCAGCCAAAACUUUGGGUAUAGUGAUGGGUGUCUUUAUAGUGUGUUGGUUACCGUUUUUCGUAGUAAACCUUUUAUCCGGUAUAUGUUCAUCUUGCAUCACUCACGAAGAGAUCGUGAAUGUGGUGGUGACGUGGCUUGGAUGGGUCAACUCUUCGAUGAAUCCAGUGAUCUACGCAUGUUGGAGCAGAGAUUUCAGACGAGCAUUCCUGAGAAUCCUAUGUGUGUGCUGCCCAAGGAAACUACGUAGAAAAUAUCAACCCCAGCUGAGAUUUAAGCAAUCGCAGUGGCGAACGACCCGCCGUUAUUACUCCUCCGGAGAACUUCAAGCUAUAAGACAAAACUCCUGCGAACAAACUUACAUAUAGCGAAACAGAUUUUAUAUAUACCUCAUUAUCUUUUACGUUCCAAGUGCUCUCUUAAAACGUCUCCUAUAAUCUCGAUCUAAGUAAAAACUUUGCUGUCACUUGUUUAAUCGUCACUAACGAGUAUCCCGUGACAACUAUGAUGUACUCGUCAGUGUCACAACACGAGAUGUGCCGGUUGUGACAGCAGGCCAGGGCUGGCACAUGCCGCCCUAGGACGCGUUGUUCCUGAUGCCACGCACGCCGUUUCCAAGCCAUGAGGAGCGGCGAAGCAACAAACGAUUACCCGAUGAGAACUCUCGAUAACACUCUGAACGAACCCAUCAGAUGUCUCGAGCGUCAUCUCUGCCCGGAUACAUCUUAUGUAGAUUCGGAAUCAGUUAGUGAAAUCAGCUUGGACAGUGAUUCACGUAACCCCUCUAUUAAAAGGAAGAAAAGAGUUACAUACCAAGUCAAAGCUGAAGUGAUCUCAAAUUAGAUUAUCACUACGUAAAAAUAAAAUCAUUCAGGAGCUGUGAUUCUGUAGAUAUGUAUUAAAUAGUGGGAUUUUGAUGUUAGUAGAAUGAAAUAAGACUUUAAAUUAUGAAUAAUAGUGCAGUAUUAAAAGGCUCAUUUGAUUUAUGUUUUAGCGUACGCUUUUUGUUGUAAAGUGUAAAUGAACGUUAUGGAAAAUGAAGCGCUUCUUGUAAUAUAACCUAAGUUUAAAUAAAAUACUCCUAAAUUUUAUUAAACCUAUCAAUGUACUUGUAUAAAUAUAAAAUAAUUACUACUUCUAUAUAUUGUGUCUUUUGAAUAAAAUGUUUAUGUGUUCAAAAUUAAUUUCAUACUUUGCGUAGGAAAUGAUAAGUGAUCAUAUGUAAAUAAUGAAUAAAUAAAAUUUUUAAUGCAUAACCAAAUAAUAUUGUUUCUAUAACUAGUUAUAUUCCAUAUAUUAGGGGAUUUAGUUUUGUAAUUAGCAUAUAGAUUACUAUGUAAAUAGAUUAUAAAUAAUAAUUACUAACUUACUCACAAUUUCAGAUACAUAAAUAUGUUAUAUCGGGAAAGCUUUUGAAAGAUUGAUUGUACUUAUCGGAGGUCCUGCAAAUAAACACCAGUGUGCCUGUUAUGUGUUAACUGUUGUAAAUAAUAUUUUCUAUGCCACUUGUUAAAAUACAUUUAUUAUGUGUAGCGUUAAACUAUAAUACUCCA